GAGAGGAAGAGCCAGAGGGGACUAAAGGAGGAAGAGAAGCAGUCAGGCAAAAAGGAGUGUGUAGAGGAGGUGGCAGGGCCAGGGGAGUCAUUGAGGCCCAGGUGUCAUAAGAAAAGGAGACAACAAUUGAGAAAAGGCAGUUAACCGGGGAGACUAGGAGGAAAGGGGGGCCGGGAGGAUUAGGUAGUGGAUCGAGCAGGAUGAUGGGGUAGGGUUGGGGGGGUAGACUAGGCCAGAGCAGAGGAAGGAAAGGAGACAGAAGCACAGGGGAGAUGAACAAGAAGAACUGGGGAGGGGAAGGAGUGAGUGAAGAGUUCAAGUGGAGAUAGAAACUAGGUAGCAAGGAGAGGGACCUGAGGGAAAAAGAGAGAAAGACAAGGGGUGAGAAAAGAGGGCGAUCCAGGUUAGGGUAGAGUUAGGACAGAGGAGAGAGAGAGUCUGGGUCACGGAGACAGGAAGCCCAGGAUGUCUGCCCCUCGCGAGGAAGAGCAACCAAGCAGGUCCGGAGAGCGACAACCACUGGUGGCCCGAGGCCCGCGGGGACCACGACGGUGGAGACGGACAGCUGCUGCUGCGGUGCUGCUAGUGCAGAUGCUGGAACGCGCUGCCUUCUUUGGUGUUACCUCCAACCUCGUGCUCUACCUCAACAGCUUGAACUUCAAUUGGGACGGCCAACAAGCAUCACGGGCCACACUCCUCUUCCUAGGCGCCUCCUAUCUGCUGGCUCCAGUGGGAGGCUGGCUGGCCGAUGUGUACCUGGGACGCUUCCUCACUAUCUCGCUCAGCCUGGUGCUCUAUCUGGCUGCCUCUGGCUUGUUGCUCACCACCAUCACCAAUGAUGGCCGCAGAUCCUUCUGUGGAGAGAUGCCCGAGUUGCCACUGGAACCUUCCUGCCCAUCCUCAAGCUGCCAAGGCUCCUGGUCCAGCCCCUACUGUGCGACCACCCUCUACUUGGUGUUGCUGCUCCUGGCCCUGGCUGCCAGCUCCGUGAGGAGCAACCUCACCUCGUUCGGGGCUGACCAGGUGAUGGAUCUCGGGCGCGAUGCCACCCGCCGCUUCUUCAACUGGUUCUAUUGGAGCAUCAACCUGGGUGCCAUAUUGUCCCUGUUGGUGGUGGCCUUCAUCGAGCAGAACAUCAGCUUCCUAUGGGGCUACAGCAUCAUCGUGGGCCUCGUGGGCCUGGCAUUCUUCAUUUUUCUCUUUGCCACACCUGUCUUCAUCACCAAGCCCCCAACAGGCAGCCAAGUGUCAUCUAUGCUGAAGCUUGCGUUCCAAAACUGCUGUCCCUGCCGGAGGCCCUCUUCCAGGGACUCUGAAAGUGCCCACCUGUUGCCUGACCAGAGGUCUAACCAGCCUGGACCUUCUCCACAAGAAGAUAUGGCCAACUUCCAGGUGCUGGUGAAGAUCCUGCCUGUGAUGGUGACCCUUGUGCCUUAUUGGAUGGUAUAUUUCCAGAUGCAGUCCACCUAUGUCCUACAAGGUCUCCACCUCCAUAUCCCCAACAUCUUCAGGACCAACCCUAACAUCUCUUUGUUGCUGAGAUCAGAUAGCAGUAACUACAGGAUCCCAGAAGCCUGGCUCCUACUGGCCAAUGUUGCGGUGAUCCUGAUUCUGAUCCCUGUCAAGGAUCACUUGAUUGAUCCUCUGCUGCUGCGGUGCAAGCUGCUGCCCUCAUCUCUGCAGAAAAUGGCCCUGGGCAUGUUCUUUGGGUUCACCUCCAUCAUUGUGGCAGGAGUCCUGGAGAAAGAACGCUUACAGUACAUUGCUGCCAACCAGACAGUGCCUCAGCUGAUUGGGAAGGACUUAUACUACGCAGCGCCACUGUCUAUCUGGUGGCAGAUCCCCCAGUACCUGCUCAUCGGGAUCAGUGAGAUUUUUGCCAGCAUCCCAGGUCUGGAGUUCGCUUACUCAGAAGCCCCACGCUCCAUGCAGGGUGCAAUUAUGGGCAUCUUCUUCUGCCUUUCGGGGGUAGGCUCACUGCUAGGCUCUGGCUUGGUGGCCCUACUGUCCUUUCCUGGGGGAUGGAUGUACUGCCCCAAGGAUUUCGGGAACAUCAACAACUGUCAGAUGGACCGUUACUUUUUCCUGCUGGCCGGCAUUGAGGCUGUCACAGCCAUCCUGUUUCUCUGGAUUGCUGGGCGCUACGAGAGGACUCGCCAGGACCCAGCCUCCCAGAGCUCGUCCAGCAGGGUCAGGGGCUAAUGGUCUCCACCCACCCUGACAGAGAGUGUCACAGCAGUACCAGCUAUGCCCAUUCUUUUCUCAUUUAUUCUGUACCCAACAGUAGAAUGAAGUGGUUCCCAUAAAUAAGGGGCAUGCGCCCUCCCUCUUGA